UGCACCCAAAUGUGGCUAUUCGAGCAGAAGCUGUUUGUGUUAGAGAAGAUUGAGAAGGAAGAUUAUAUGCACUUUUCAUGUGCGAUGUGCAGUUCUGCCAAUAAAAGGAUUAGGCAGUGAAACUUCUUGCAGGGUCUUGGAGAGAACUUGCAGCAUCUUUCGUAGCUCAGAUUAUCGUGUUAAAGAUGGUCAAAGUUAGCAGCACCAACACGCUGGUAUCUGUUAUAGUUGUUGUAGCCUUGAUUUUCCCAGAAGUAGCAUCACAAGCCCUCUCACCAAGUGAUUCUGUUGCAGAUAAUGUGUCAGAUACCAUUAGACAAUCGGAUAAUACCAUUAGAGUGGACCCUUUAGAUCAUUUCGAAAAAUACAGAGGAGGGUUUAACAUCACCAACAAGCACUAUUGGAGUUCGGUGAUCUUCACUGGAGUAUAUGGAUAUGCAAUUGGGGUGCUCUGCCUUUUGUGUGGAAUUGUGUAUGGAAGCUUUUUGGCAAUGACAUUGGUUUGCCAAAGAAAUGACAGAAGGGUUAAGAAGGUCCUUCCUUGUAAUUACAAGAGCUGUGGUCUUUCAAUUCCUUUGGCUAUAUUACUCACUACUUUUGCUAUAGUUGCAACUGGGCUAGUUCUUGCUGGGAGUGCAAGAUUCCAUUCUGAAGCUAAGACUGCUGUUAAUAUUAUAAUCAAGACAGCGAAUGAGGCAUCAGAAACGAUUCAAAACACAACAGGAGCUUUAAAAGGCAUGGAAAGUAACUUUAUGGAAGCCAAUGUCACUGCUGAGACAUCCGUAAAUCUUGACUCCACUACUGAGAAACUUGAUGAUGCAUCUGCAAACAUUGAAAAGCAAGCCAGAAAGAAUAGGCGCCUUAUUAACAAGGGCUUGAAACUAGUUUUUGUAACUACCACAGUGAUUAUAAGCAUGAACUUGGUUGCUGUAAUAGCUCUAUCAGUUUCUGGAGUACUGAGGUUACGGCGGGCACUAUACAUGCUUGUCAUAUUAUGCUGGUUGUUGACAGUGGUAUGCUGGCUACUCUUUGGGGUUUUUUUCUUCUUAGAAAAAUUUUCCGGUGAUGCAUGCACAGCUCUUGACAACUUUCAAGAAAAUCCCUAUAACAACAGCCUAAGCUCACUCCUCCCCUGUGAUGAAUUGCUCUCGGCAAAAUCAGUUCUAUCUGAUGUUAGUGCGGGGAUCUACGACCUUGUUAACAAGGUGAAUGCAAACAUAUCAGCCAUGCAGGCAUCAUCAGAUGUGAAUCUUGUUCAUGUUUGCAACCCUUUCUCAGCUCCACCAAAGUACUUAUACCAGCCAGAGAACUGCCCUGCUAACACUAUAAGAAUAGGAGACAUUCCAAAGGCAUUGAAACCAUUUACUUGUCCGAAUGCCAUUGAUGGAAGCUGUGACAAUUUGUAUUAUAUAACCGGCAGCCAAUACACGAGAGUUGAGGCUUAUACAAAUUCAAUUCAGGACGUGCUGAAUGUGUAUCCUAGUGUGGAACACUUGUUGGAAUGCCAGCUAGUAAAAGAAGCAUUCUCCCAAGUCCUUGUCAAUCACUGCAAGCCUUUGAAGAAAUAUGCUGAGAUGGUAUGGCUAGGAAUGCUGUUUCUUGCAGUGAUCAUGGUGUUGCUGAUUGUGCUCUGGACUGUAAAAACUCGUCAUGAGCAUCGUUAUAAUCUUUCAGAUGGUUCUGUGGAGCCUCAUUUUGCACCAACCAAAGUCUUGGAAUCAGGAACAGUUAAAGAGAUUGAGAUUUGACACCAUCUGAAUUGUUUUAUUAAAGAUUUGAUCCAAAAGAAGUUAGGAACAGGUUAAUGGAAUGCAAAUGCGCAAGCAGCUUCCGAUAGAACAUUUGUAGCGUGUACAUGUACAUAGCCAAUACACACACAAGUCAAAAGAUGAACCAAAGGUGUUGCAAUUUGCCUUUUGGUGAUAUAUUUUUCACACAACUUUUGUUUAAAAGAGAAUGCACUUUGGGGAACAACCCCGAACCAUACACUCUACCCAUGUACAAAAAUCAUCCAACAAUAGAUGAAUCAAUAUUUUUGUCCAUUUGAUUAGGUUUUCAGAUCAUAUAAAUAUAAGUCUUGUGAUGUAGUUAAGAUGUUUGUAAAAAUGACAGCAAAUUUCAGAAACGAUA